AUGUCGAAUCAAUCUCUGAACCUGGACAAGAAAGACGGCGCGUCUGAACAGGAGUCGGUUCACGACGCCCCGGUGAACACCCCGUCCAUCGGUGGCAACAAGAUUGAGGCACUUCGUUCUGUCGCAAAGUCAUCUCCAUCUGUUAGGCGCAUACUUUGGGUGAUUGGCAUAGGCGUCGGGAUCACAAGCUUCGCGUAUGCCAUCCAAGUGAGCACCAGCUCCAACUUCUCCGUCUGGGCUACCUCUAGUUUCGAAAGCCACUCGUCCGGUCUCUCGGCGCUUUCUGUAGCCACAACGCUCAUUUCUUCCAUCUGCAAGCCCUUCCUCGCCAAGUUCUCCGAUGUCUUCGGACGGCCGAGCACAUACUUCGUCGGAACGCUGCUCUAUCUCGUUGGAUUUAUCGUUAUCUCCCAGUCUCCGACUCUCGCGGCAUACAUCAUCGGCAACGUGCUUGGUUCAUUGGGUGGCUCAACUGUGGAUUUCAUGAAUAACGUGAUCAUUGCCGACCUCACAGAUCUCCAAUGGCGCGGAUUCUAUAUCGCGUGUCUUGGGAUACCCUACUUGAUUACUCCCUGGUUCAGCGCCAGUAUCGUCGAGAGCCUGGGAACAACUGACGACUGGCGCUGGGGGUACCUAAUGUUUGCUAUCAUCCUUCCCGUCAGUACUCUGCCAGUCAUAGGCGCACUCGUAUGGCUUCAUCUUCGCGCCAAGAAGCUCAGCAUCCGAGUCGUUCCUACAGCCGAGCGAGUAGCGGGUGUUGAGGAUGGCGUCGAGCAGGCCGUCGAGGCGCCAAGGAUCUCGCUCGCUCUACGCGUGAGGUCGAGUAUUCACGAACUCGAUGCACUUGGUCUUCUCCUACUCGGCUUUGGCUGGACCUUACUUUUACUUCCUUUCUCCCUGGAGAGCGGUGCCAAGGGCAGAUGGUCGAACCCUUCGAUGAUUGUCAUGAUCGUCGUCGGUGCCAUCUGCCUCAUCGCAUUCAUACUCUUCGAGGCGCUUCCCGCGCCGUCUUCUCAGGAACAGGACCUUUAUGAGUACGUGGGCCCUCCUUUUCCUCCCCCUACCUACCUUGACACUCAGUACUCCUGCGCAGUGUGCAUCAUCAUCAACUUCGUAUACGACCUCGCUACGAUGCUUGAGACCCUGUACCUGAGCUCAUACACUGACAUCGUCUCGGAUUGGUCGCUUCAAGGCUGGACGUAUUACAGCAACACCCUCAACAUCUCCCUUUGUGCAUUUGGGAUCGUCGCCGGUGCUCUUCAGCGCCUCACGCACCGUUACAAGGCGCUUCAAGUCUCGGGCCUUUGCCUUCAGAUAGUUGCGUACGGGCUUCUCAUAUCUCCCACCGGAAAGGCCGCCACAACCAGCACCGCUUUGCUCGUCGUCAGUCAAGUUAUUUCUGGCAUGGGCGGCGCCUUCUCCGUUGUUGGCUCGGCAGUCGCUGCCCAAGCAUCCGUUCCGCAUGAAGACAUGGCCCUUGUCAUGGCCCUCCUCGCACUCUGGGCUUCCGUCGGCGCAUCAAUCGGUUCCGCGAUCAGCUCGGUGAUAUGGUCCCGUUGGAUGCCUGUCAACCUGCGACAAUACGUUCCCGCCUCGGUCAACGAUACCCAAGUUGCAGAGUUCUAUGCCGACAUCACGCUCAUCCGCGCCUACGACUUCGACGAUCCUGUUCGCCAAGGUGCGAUCGAGGCCUACCGACACACGCUCUGGGUCUUCCUGGUACCGGCGCUCGUCCUAUCCUUCAUCACGCUCGGUGCAGCAUGCUUCCAAACAAACUACUUUCUCGGCGAGCAGCACGACGCUGUGACCGGCACCGACCCUGGUGGCGAGGUCACUGGCAAUCAGCAGGAAGGCAAGAAGGUCGACACGAGCGCGAUGAGUAUGCCCCGCAAGGCUCUCUACUAUGUGUUUGGCGCAUGA